AUGAUCACGGGCACAUCCCAGGCCGAUUGUGCUAUUCUUGUGGUUGCUUCGGGUGUUGGCGAAUUUGAGGCUGGUAUCUCGAAGGACGGUCAGACACGUGAGCACGCUCUGCUUGCUUUCACCCUUGGUGUGAAGCAGAUGGUUGUUGCUAUUAACAAGAUGGACGACUCCUCUGUUAUGUACGGCCAAUCUCGUUACGAGGAAAUUAAGGCCGAGGUUACCACCUACCUGAAGAAGGUUGGCUACAAGCCCGCCAAGAUCCCUUUCGUGCCUAUUUCUGGAUGGGAGGGUGACAACAUGAUCGACCGUUCGGCUAACAUGCCAUGGUACAAGGGACCAUACCUUCUCGAGGCCCUUGACAACUUGAACCCACCCAAGCGUCCAAGUGACAAGCCUCUUCGUCUGCCUCUUCAGGACGUUUACAAGAUCGGCGGUAUUGGCACGGUUCCGGUCGGUCGUGUCGAGACCGGAGUUAUUAAACCCGGUAUGGUUGCUGUAUUUGGCCCCACUGGUCUAUCUACUGAAGUUAAGUCCGUUGAAAUGCACCACGAGUCUUUGCCAGAGGCUGUGCCUGGUGACAACGUUGGUUUCAACGUAAAGAACGUAUCAGUAAAGGAACUUCGUCGUGGUUUCGUGGCUUCGGACUCGAAGAACGACCCUGCCAAGGGCACCCAGGACUUCACUGCUCAGGUCAUUGUGUUGAACCACCCUGGUCAGAUUGGCAACGGUUACUCGCCUGUGCUUGAUUGCCACACGGCCCACGUUGCUUGCAAGUUCAAAGAGAUUACGGAGAAGAUGGACCGUCGUUCGGGCAAGGUUCUUGAAACUGCCCCUAAAUUUGUUAAGUCGGGAGAUGCCUGCAUGGUUAUCUUGGAGCCGUCAAAGCCAAUGACUGUCGAGUCGUUCGCCGAGUACCCACCGCUUGGUCGUUUCGCUGUCCGUGACAUGCGUCAAACGGUUGCUGUCGGUGUUAUCAAAUCGGUAAACAAGAAGGAACCAUCGACUAAGGCCGGUGCCAAAAAGAAAUAA